AAAAGACGGAAUAAAAAUCUCAAAUUAUUUUGAAGAAUUCGUUCAAUUCCAAAACCCACCCUAAAACCCUGACCAUAGCUCACCGCCUGUCUUACUCGCUCUCUCGCGCGAACACUUUCUUUCCCUGAGUAAUUUCCUCGAGCACUUGGGGUGCAAUACUGCGGAACCCAUGAAGGCCAACAAGGCAACCGUCUUAACAUUUGCCGAGAAAUGCAAGAGUAUACUGUCUUCCAAUUGGCAAGGGCAACUCAAUACCAUCAAAGCUGAUGCUAAAGGAAGCAAGGAGGACAUAUACACAUCAAAGGUUAAGUACAUCUGCAAAAGAGGGAAGCCAUACCUUUGGGUGCCCGAAAAGGAGUUGCAUAAUGUGAAUGUAGUUGUUGAUGAGCGCAGUUCAUUUGCUGUCACCAAUCCCAUCCCAGGUCCACUGGCAAGCUUACUUAGAUCAUUAAGAAAGACACCGUCUCGAAUUGCCCUGACUGGCGAAGUUGUGCCUCUAACCGAGGAAAAGGUUCAAUCUGCAACGAAAGUCCUUAGAGAAGUCAUACGGUCGGAGCAGAAAGCAAUGAGUGAGUCCAGUUAUACAGUUUCAGGUGUAUUAAGUUCUUCUGAUCAUAGCUGUACAUCACGAAGCGAAAGCCUUAAGGAGCUCUUGGAAGGUGAUGAAAACUACAUAGUUUACAAGUUCAAUCAAAGAUCGUGUGUGUAUGUUGAUGGCAGUGGAGACACUCAUAAGAUUGAUACAGAAGAUAUGGCUGCGUCUAAAGCAGAUUUGUUGGCUCCUUUGUCUGCCAAACUUAUUGAUGGGAUAAAUCAAAGUGCACCAAGACGCAGAGCGCUAAUGCUUUUCUGCUGUACAUACUUGAAUGCAAAUGCAAAGGAUGCAUACAUGCUGUCUAUCGACCGUAAGGGUUUUGAGGUGUUGAGCAAGGUUCUGAGUCCUGGGUUUAAGGAUGGAUUUGGCCAGUUCGAGUGGAAGGAAUUUAGACUGUCUUUGGCGGAAGAGGCACGUGACGUCGAAGCAUUCUGCCGUCAACUUGUGGAAAUGGAAGAGGAGGCUGUGAAGGAGGUUUCAGGCCAUGGUGGUUUAGCAUAAAAAGGUUAGAAGGCAUAGCAGAAAGAUUUCUCGACUGCUCAAACCAUUCACGCAUUACUUGUUUUUGUAAUGAAUCCUAUAGUUGGAUGAGUUUUGUGAUCCUUUUCCCAUA